AUGCCAGGCCACGGAUGUGACAACGGUGGACAGGCCGCUGUCGGCCACCGCCUGAUGCCUUCCCCGGGUCUGACAGCGGUGAUGUGCAUGUGUCGCACCCAGCAGUCCCCACCUCGCCCUCGCCGAAUCCCGCAGCGAGAGGCCGCAUGUGAACUAGCCUUUGACAAAUUGAAAGCCUACACCGACCAACCACCAACCUUCAGGCUCCGGGCAGAGGCCAGUCUGCCCCAGGCAGUGGCCAGUCCCCCCAGGCAGCGGCCAUUCCCCCCACGCAGAGGCCAGUCCCCCCCAGGCAGAGGCCAGUCCCCCCCAGGCAGAGGCCAGUCUGCCCCAGGCAGAGUCCAGUCCCCCGCAGGCAGAGGCCAGUCCCCCGCAGGCAGAGUCCAGUCCCCCGCAGGCAGAGGCCAGUCCCCCGCAGGCAGAGACCAGUCUGCCCUAGGCAGAGUCCAGUCUGCCCUAGGCAGAGUCCAGUCCCCCGCAGGCAGAGUCCAGUCUGCCCUAGGCAGAGUCCAGUCUGCCCUAGUCAGAGGACAGUCCCCCGCAGGCAGAGGCCAGUCCCCCGCAGGCAGAGGCCAGUCCCCCGCAGGCAGAGGCCAGUCCCCCGCAGGCAGAGGCCAGUCCCCCCCAGGCAGAGACCAGUCCCCCGCAGGCAGAGACCAGUCCCCCGCAGGCAGAGACCAGUCCCCCGCAGGCAGAGGCCAGUCCACCCCAGGCAGAGACCAGUCCCCCCCAGGCAGAGGCCAGUCCCCCGCAGGCAGAGGCCAGUCCCCCGCAGGCAGAGACCAGUCCCCCCAGGCAGAGUCCAGUCUGCCCUAG